AUGAGAUGCAAACUUGAGUUGCAGAUCUUUGAUCGCACAGUUGGUAGCUCCCAUACUCUGGACAAUCUCCCUGACAGCCUGGGUCCAGGGUCCAAGACUAAGUUGGUGGUUGCCCUGCAAGGCUGUGCUUUGACGAGGUCUUCCGCCGUUGGCAUGAUUAGCUGUGCGAUCGUUGCCACUGUCAUAUCCACGUUCGCCGACUCCCACAGUAUCAACUCGAUUGUUGAUGAGAGUGAUCCGUUUGUUUAUUUGGCGUAUCUGAUUUCGAAUCGUGAUGCGGGGGAGGAGAGGAAGGGGGCUGCGGCGAAGCUUAUUGCUUUUGUUAAGGAGCAGGUGAGGAGUGCGGGGUUGAAGCGCAUAUGUCUUGACUGUUUCAAGGGCAAUGAUAGGAAGUUGGUCCGGUAUUAUGAGAGUCAGGGGUUGAAGAUGCGGCUUUGA